UGUGGGCUUAAAGACGUGCACGAAGUCGCAAGAAGAGAAGCCCUACCUUCCUCCUCCACCUUCUUCUCUUCCUUCACAAGUGUCUCUCUCCUUUACCCACCACACACCUAACCCCAAAUGCCUUACGCUCUUUAAACACAUCUCUCUUUCUCUCUCUCACAUCAUCUGCAGAUUAUUCUCUGUCUCUUUUAGAUCCUCUGUUUUCUCCGCCUCCUCUGUUUUUUCUCUUUUUUUCUUCUCACAUCAAUGGAGGCGUCAUUGUCGAUGAUGAAAUCGUCCUUCUCUUCUCCCGCGACUGUGUUCCUCAGCCACCACCAUAGACGCACCUCACGACCUAUAUCUCCCACGUUACACAAAGCUUCCUUCUCUGUUCGCUGUUCUCUCCCUCCCUCGAAGCCUCCACAACGCUCCGGAGCCAGCUCUGUUCACGCCGUUAUGACUCUCGCUGGAUCGUUGAUAGGGAAGAAACGAGUGGAUGAGAGCGAGAGUUUGACUCUGGAAGGUAUCCGGAACUCUUUGAUCAGACAAGAGGACAGCAUUAUAUUUGGUCUGUUGGAGAGAGCCAAGUACUGUUACAAUGCUGAUACUUAUGAUCCUACUGCCUUCGACAUGGAUGGUUUCAACGGCUCUUUGGUUGAGUACAUGCUCCAAGGCACCGAGAAGCUUCACGCUAAGGUUGGUAGGUUCAAGAGCCCUGAUGAACAUCCUUUCUUCCCUCAAGAUUUACCUGAGCCUAUGUUGCCUCCUCUUCAGUACCCAAAGGUAUUGCAUUUUGCUGCUGAUUCGAUCAACAUAAACAACAAGAUAUGGAACAUGUACUUUAGAGACCUUGUCCCAAGACUAGUGAAGAAAGGUGAUGAUGGUAACUACGGAUCAACAGCUGUGUGUGACGCUAUCUGCCUUCAGUCUCUUUCAAAGAGGAUCCAUUACGGUAAAUUUGUUGCAGAGGCCAAGUUCCAAGCCUCACCCGAGGCAUACGAGCCUGCCAUCAGAGCACAAGAUAAGGAUGCAUUGAUGGAUAUGCUGACAUUCCCGGCGGUGGAGGAGGCGGUGAAGAAGAGAGUUGAGAUGAAAACACGAACAUACGGGCAAGAAGUGAAAGUGGGCGUUAAGGAGAAAGAAGAAGAAGAAGAGGUGAAUAAUGAAUCUCAAGUUUACAAGAUCAGUCCGAUCUUGGUUGGCCACUUGUAUGGAGAUUGGAUCAUGCCCUUGACAAAAGAGGUUCAAGUGGAGUACUUGCUCAGACGACUAGACUGAACGAAAGAUAAAUGGCUUUGGUAGUAAACUCUAAUAUAGUUUUCUUUAUUUGGAAUGUUUUUUGGUUUUUUUUUUUUAACUUCACAAAUCCCUCAACGUUAACUCACACUACACUAUAGUUCCAUGUUUUGGUUUUCGAGGUUACUUGCAAAAGAAAACUGUGUGGUUUAUGUACAUUCUCUCAAUUGCGAAAUCAAAGGGAUGACAAUGUUGUGUAUGUACUAUGUAGUGCCACAUGUAUAAUAAUGAUGAGUGGAUAUUAAGGUUUA